UAUGACCAUUUGAUGAAAUACUCCAUGAAUAAAGAGGAGAAGGAUAACCAAACAAUGGUUGCAGAAUUUAUCCUCCUAGGAUUCAGAACUCUUCCUCAUUUGCAGAUCAUCUUUUUUGUUAUAUUUUUAAUAAUAUACAUGGUGACAAUGGCUGGAAACAUUCUUAUAGUUGUAGUAAUAAUAGUUAAUCAUAGUCUUCACAAGCCCAUGUUUUUCUUCCUGGGAAACUUUUCUUUUCUGGAAACCUGCUAUACUUCAACAAUUCUCCCUAGGAUUUUGGCCAGUUUUGUCACUGACUAUCAUAGAAUUUCUUUUAAUGGAUGUUUCCUCCAAUUUUAUUUCUUUGCUUUUCUAGCUGCAGCUGAAAGUUAUCUCUUAUCUAUAAUGUCUUAUUAUUGGUAUAUAGCUAUAUGUAAACCACUGCAUUAUAUAACUAUAAUGAAAAACAGGUCUUGCAUUCAAUUAUCCCUUGUCUCUUGGAUGGUUGGCCUUAUGGCUGUUGCAGUCACCACAUUCUUCACUUCUCAGUUAACUUUCUGUGGUGCUAACAGAAUUGAUAAUUUAUUUUGUGAUUAUGCACCAUUGUUAAUCCUUUCAUGUAGUCCCACUGAGCAGACUGAAAUGGCAGUGUUAGUCUUGGGUUCUGCAUGCACAUUACCACAUUUGUUGCUGACUAUGACCUCUUAUUUCUUCAUUAUCAGAACCAUUUUUGGAAUACCUUCAAUCAUUGGAAGAAGCAAAGCAUUUUCCACUUGCUCCUCUCAUCUUAUUGUGAUGACAAUUUUCUAUGGGACCCUCAUAAUUGUGUACUUAUCAACGGAUAGCAAACUCAGGAGUCUGAACAAAGUAUUCUCAGUUUUCUACACAAUCCUGACUCCCAUGAUCAAUCCCUUUAUUUAUACUCUGAGGAAUGGACAAUUUAAAAAGGCUCUUGGGAAAACUAUUAGCAAACUCUCAUUGAGAAUAUCAUUGGGUGUACAAUCCAGAUAA